CAUAUUUGUGACCACACAUUUCACACGCCCUAACACAUAACAUCAUCCUCUUCAGUUUAAGAUAAAACAAACACACAUCAAUCACAUUUUGAAUAACCAAACACACCAAGUUCAUGAGUUCCUACCACAUGUUUCACACUUCCUUUCACUUUCUUACAUUUCCAUGCACAAAGCCGCCGCCACCACCACUCAACAUUCAUCUCUUCCUUUCCCUUCGUUCAAACACAAAAACCACUUUCCUUUCCUCAUCACUCAACGACGACUCAUUUUCCAACCCUAAAUCAAACCAGUUUGGUUACGGUUCUUCAGAGGAUCUGUUUGGGCUGGAGGUGGAAUUCAAACCAAGGAAAGCUAACUCCCAUUUAAGAGAACCAAGGUCUUGGUUUGGUCCAAAUGGACAAUAUAUCAGAGAGUUACCUUGUCCAAGUUGCAGAGGAAGGGGUUAUACUCCUUGUACUGAAUGUGGAAUAGAAAGAUCUAGAUCCGACUGUCCAAAAUGUAAUGGAAAGGGUUUACUAACUUGCAACCAGUGCUCUGGAGAUUGUGUUAUAUGGGAAGAAUCAAUUGAUGAACGACCAUGGGAGAGAGCUCGCUCAAUAUCUCCACUCAAAGUGAAGGAAGAUGAUGAAGUUGACAAAUUGGAAAUAAAGCUAGAUGCGAAGAAAAAAUCCAAGCGUGUUUACCAGUCACCGAGUCCUGAAGUUGGACUGAAGAUUAGUCGUUCAUUAAAAAGUCUCAAUGCUAAAACUGGUCUAUUUAGCAAACGAAUGAAGAUCAUCCACCAGGAUCCAAUGCUUCGGACACAGCGAGUGGCUGCUAUUAAGAAAGCCAAGAGAACUGUUUCAGCAAGAAAGCAUGCUUCCAAAACUAUGAAAGCUUACUUUAGUGAUCCAAUAAACCGUCAGAAAAGAAGCGUGGCGAUGAAAGGAGUGAAAUUCUACUGCCAUAACUGCGGACGUGAAGGACAUAGGAGAAACUACUGUCCAGAACUCAAUGGUUUGAUUGAUAGGCGAUUCACAUGUAAACUAUGCGGCGAAAAAGGACACAACAGAAAAACAUGCAUUAAGUCAAAGAUAAGCCAAAGUGAUGAGAGUUUUAAAAGACAUCGUCGAUGUAGAAUAUGUCGACGAUAUGGCCAUAACCGACAGACGUGCCCUCAAGUUGUUUCUAAUCCAAUAAAGGCCACGAGACGCGAAGGACAUAGGAGAAACUACUUCCCAAAACUCAAGGAUGGUUUGGUUGAUAGGCGAUUCACAUGUAAGCUAUGCGGCGGAAAAGGCCACAUAAAAAAAACAUGCAUUAAGUUAAGGAUAAGCCAUAUUGAUGGAAGAGUUAUAAAACAUCGUCGAUGUAGAGUAUGUCGACAAUAUGGCCAUAACCGACAGACAUGUCCUCAAGUUGUUUCUAAUCAAAGAAUGGCCACUGCAUCUCGAAAAGUAUACCAUUGUCGACUGUGCCGAAAAGAGGGACACAAUAGUAGGAGAUGUCCUAGAAGAAUAGUAGGUACUGAACAGUCUCAAGAGUAAUAUUACUAUUUGAGAAACUCAAGUGCUUGAACUUAAAUCUCAUUGAAGACAAUAAUCUGAAUUGGAAAAAGUUUAUAUAUUUUGAUCACUUAUGUAACUGCAACAUGACUUAUGAAGUAAUGAUGAUUAGCCAAAACUUGUCGUUUAA